AUGUUCAUCUAUAAUUUAAUUUUGGUGCUCAUAUUUGGUUUUCAUGAUGUUCUUACACUUGAUUCUUGUUCAUCCAAUCUGAAGUGUCACGAGUGCAUCAGGGAUCCCAGUUUGUGCGUUUGGUGUCCUACGAAUAAUUUUAAUGGAACGAGAUGUAUGUCUCAAAAUUUACUUAAAAAUCCUUGGUGUCCAGAAAUGGACAGACUAGAAGACCCAGAAAACUUGGUGGAGCCAUUAAAAAACCUUGAAUUUAGUAACGAUCCAAAUCAUACUGUACAAAUCAAACCCCAAAUUUACAAAAUGAAUUUAAGACCAGGGAAGAUGACAAAUUUUACAUUUUCCAUUAAAAACGCUAAAGACUUUCCGGUGGAUUUGUAUUUUUUAUUGGACGCGUCCACUACUAUGAGUAGUAUAAAAGAAGUAACUGCAAAUCAGAGUGAAAAAAUUUAUAUGACAAUGAAAAACUUGACUAAAAACGUCAAUUUGGGUUAUGGGACAUUUGUGGAUAAAUGUACGUUUCCAUUCACACGGACAUUUAAUAUCGAAGAAACAUAUUCAUUUCGACAUCGCUUAGCAUUGACUAAUAACUUCACACAGUUCAAGAAUACCAUAAAUACAACUCCUGUCGGUCAGAAUCGGGACAGUCCAGAAGGAGGUCUUGAUGCGCUAGCCCAAGUGAUGGCGUGCCCAGAAAUAAUAAAAUGGAGAAAAGAGUCAAGGAAGAUAAUUGUCUUCCUCACAGGUGGCGAAUAUCACGCUGCAUUAGAUGGAAAGCAAGCCGGUAUAUUUCAACCAUACGAUGGAAAUUGCUAUCUUGAAAAUGGUACUUACACGAAAGAACUAGAAAUGGAUUACCCAUCUGUGGGUAUGAUAAACAAGCUAGCAAUAGAAGGCAACAUGAUCAUUUUCUUUUAUGUUCAUUACGAUGUUGAGGGUAUUUACAAAAAACUGAGUAAUGUUAUAAGUGGUUCCAAAAUAGCGACCUUCGUAAAAGAUGCAACGCUAUCCUCUGAUGUUUCCACGUCUGUUUCUACGUCUGAUAACUUCGUAGACACUUUAAAAGAAAUAUACGAAAAAAUUUCAAAUAAAGUUAUUUUGAAAAAAUAUAUAAAGACAAAAUAUCGCAAAAAUAUAGAAAUCAGUUUAACACCGAACUGCGUCUCAGAAGACAGUGAUAAUGAGUGCGAUCUAGAGGUGGGUAAAGAAAAGCAAUUCAUGGGUACGAUAAAGUUAUUAAAAUAUGAUGAAUAUGAAAACAUGACUAUAGACAUAGCGGUUGAAAGCAUCGGGGAAAAGCUAACAAUAGAUAUUGAUGUAAUAAAAGAUUGUAAUUGCACGAACAGUGGAGUGGCAAACUCGACGUAUUGUCAUGGAGAGCCGAGAAUUUGUGGGGAAUGUAGCUGUGGAGACAAAAGAUACGGUGACAGAUGUGUUUGUGAAAAAACUGGGGGGAUAGUUUUUAAUUCUAGCUCAUCGUGUAUUCAGCAAGGAGAUAAUGAUGUUUGCACCGGUCACGGCAGUUGUGAAUGUGGAGCAUGUCGAUGCAGGCCUGGAUAUACUGGCAAGUUCUGCCAGUGCAAUGACCUUAGCUGUCCUCUCGGUGAUGGUAAAUUGUGCUCGGGAGAAAAACAUGGCAAAUGCCAGUGCGGCAAGUGUAAAUGCGAACCUGACUGGGGGGGCGACGCCUGUCAGUGUUCCAAACACGACUGUGUAAUUGAUGGAAAAGAAUGCAGUGGCUUCGGAACCUGCGUAUGUGGAGUUUGCGUGUGCAACCCUAUAGCCCAGUGGGAUAAACGCAGCGUUAGGGACGAAAGUUGUAAAAUAAUCGCAGGUUCUGAUACUCUAAGUUUGCAGUGCAAAGCUUUGGAAGAUUGCGCUAAGUGUCAGCAAAAAGGUAAAAAUGAUGACUGCGAUUCCUGCGAUAACGCAAUACAAACUAGAGUUGUAAAAGAGCUCACAGAAGAAUAUUUGAACAGUAGCUUGUGGAAUGCUUGUCCUGAUAUAAAGGUUGCUCUUGGAUGUUAUUCUAAAUUCAUCUAUCGUUACGAUGACAUCAAAUAUUCUCUGGAAUUAGUGGUGGAGCAAAAGAUGAAUUGCGCUGAAACUCAUUACCUAUUUGGAGGCAUUUUCUCUCUUGUCGUCAUCAUAGUAGGAGUACUGACGUUGGUGGCUUGGAAGCUACUGACGGAUGCUCGAGAUCGCCGAGAGUAUAAGCAGUUCUUGGAAAAAUCUGAACAUGAUGGGAAUGUAACUGAUAAUCCAUUGUAUACGCCGGCUGUCUCCUCCUUUCAGAAUCCUGGUUUCAGAAAGAGGUCUUAUAAACAAUAA